GCAUUUCAUGCCAGUUGAGCUGUAAACACUGACUCGGUUGGUUGUGCCACACCACAUCGCUUCAACCAAUGUGACUAAGAGUUUUCUCGGCAACGCAUUUUACAAAUAAGGAGAGAGAGACACACGGCAAUCAAAAAAAUAAAUAAAAGUUAAGAGUGAUUAAAAUAUUGUUUAAGUGUUUGCAUUAAUUUGUGUAUUGACAAAUUUAAUAAUUUGUGCAGAAACAUAAUUAGAUGUUGAGGUGAUUUUCCUAGGAAAAAGACUUGUGGAUUAGAGAUUUUUUGUUGUUGUUUUAAAUUGGAAAAUCAGUUUGGAAAGUGAAGAAAAUAAAUUAAAAAAGACGUGUGAAUGAUUCGGAAACUAUCCUUAUUUUAACAAACAUACUGGAAAACCGGAAAUGGUGUCGUACUAUAAUACCUUGACAAUGUAUUCCAAGAAUCCGUGCACCAACCUCUAUCCGCCGCCAAAUCACUGGUACGCUCCCAAUUACCAUCAACCCCCAAAUCCGCAGCUCUUCGCCCCAGAUUCCGAAGCCCAAGCACAGCCGAUGUACUACACACACAUGUUUCAUCAGGGUAGUCCUGACUGGCCUAGCCACGACAAUUUUUCAACGCCGCAGAAUAGCCUUCUGCACCAAAGUUCAUCCAGCGGCACAAGUAGUGGAACCCCAGGAUUGCAUCUCAGUCACGCUAGCUCUAGCACAAUGGGGCAGUCAGCAGGGGAACAUAUCACUCCCGAUGGACUCACUAGUAUUCCAUCGCCACCCAUUACUGUCUCUGGGAGUGAGAUGUCAAGUCCUGGGGCACCAAAUGGAGCAGGAUCCCCGCAUACAAUGUCCCGUCCAGUGCCUGUAAAGAGCCCAUAUGAGUGGAUGAAGAAGACAUCUUAUCAAAAUCAGACCAAUCCAGGGCGAGUCAACAUUUGCUCUGCACCUUCACUGCAAGAUUUUUCACCUCUGGAUCCAAGUGGUAAAACUCGGACAAAAGAUAAAUAUCGAGUAGUUUACACGGAUUUCCAGAGAUUGGAAUUAGAGAAGGAGUAUCAUACAUCGAAGUACAUUACAAUGCGACGGAAGAGCGAGCUGGCACAAUCAUUGUCACUCUCGGAGCGACAGGUAAAGAUUUGGUUUCAAAAUAGGCGCGCCAAAGAGCGCAAGCAGACUAAGAAGCACGAAUCGAAUCCGUCGGCAUCGCAGAGUCAUUCAAGUGCAUUGGGAAAUAUGAUGGAGACAAAGCCGAAGAUUGAACCGUUGCACCUCCAGCACCCAGCACUGCAUCAAAUGAGCGCUAUGGGUAUGGGCAUGAGUCCCAUGAGUCUCCACCCACAUACCCUCCACCAUCACGGUCACUAUGGCAUCACACCACCGCCCCCCUCGACACCUGGGCAGCAUCUACUGGGUACCCAAGUGAAUCAACCGGCUGCCUCAGCGGGUGCCCUCAUCUGAUUUCCCAUUCAACCUGAGAUUCUAAAAUGUUCGGGAAUGCCCUACAGCUGAAUCUGACGGGGGAUUUUAAUUGAGAUUCAAUAGUAAUUAUACUUUUAAGGUUUUUUAGCAAUUCAUGGAGAUUAUUUAAUAUGUAUUGGACAUUUUCUUCUUUGGUUUCAUCCCAAAGAUGAGGAAAAAAAAAGAAUGAAGAAAAAAUAGAGCAAGAAACGGCACAUUAAAUCACCGAUUUUUUAUGAAUUUUCCCCAAAAAUAAAAUUAACACAAAUCAAUAAAAAUUUAUAGGUAUAAUACAGAUCACAAAUUAUUGUAAUACAUACGAGGAAACGAAUUAUUCUAAAUUAAUAAAACAAAAUAAAAGUAAAAUAAGAACGUUAAAUAUAAGCUUUUGCCUUAAAAUGUAAAUUAAAUAUAUAAUUAAGAAUUUUUAAAUUGUUAUAACACGAUUUUUUAUAAAAGAAAAAAAUCGUGAUUUUUUUGGUAAUUUAUUUUAUUUUUUCUAAUGGUUAGGGAAACUAUUUGCAACCGUUAGAAAGAUAAUAAUUUUAUUAUGUUUUUUUUCUUCCCAUUAAACAAAUUAUUGAACCAAAAAAUGUACAACUACGAUUGAGUCAAUCAGAUUGAGCAAUGAUUGAUAAAUCAAUUGAACCAGUCAAUAUAUCGAGCGAUCAUUGAUUAAUUUCAAGAAAAAUCUGAUUGCCCCAAUAACUAAUCCUUUAUGCGAAAUUUCCUUGACUUAAUAUUGAUACAAUAGAUAUUGAGUCAACUAUAACUCAAACAAUUAUUGAUCAUGGAUUGAUCAACUAUUGACCAAAUAUUGCUCUUUAAUUUUUUUUAUCAAUCAGUUGAUCAAUUUAUGCUUAAUUGUUGAUCAGUCAAUAUUGAGUCAAUUUAAACUAAAUCAAUAAUGAGUUUAUUGACCAAUUAUUGUCUACCAAUCUGAUUGAUAAAUAAUUGAUCAACUCCAUGGACCUACAUUGACUCAAUAUUGAGUUCAAUAAUUGAUUAAAUCUUGUCAAAAUUUGUUUAAUGGGUUAUUAAAAGAGAAAAUUAUUUAAAAAAAAACUAAUGCAAACUCCUCGAUCGAGAGCAUUGUUGCAUUAUGCUACCAACUCGUAAUUUUUGUUUUAUGGUUGCAAAUAGAUUCUAAUAGAAAAGAAUCACUACAUAUACAUACCAACAUAUUAUUCCGAUUCAACAAAUUUUAGAACAAUCUUUUUUUUUUAAUCAAUAAAGUUGCAAUAUUUGUAACAUCCUUCUCAUCCUACAAUAAGAAAUUCCACAACACCUUCAAAAAGAAACUCGAAAUACAUUACUGAGAGACAUAGAAGAAAAUAAUAAAAAAGAUUAAGAUUUUUUUAAUACAAAAAUUCAUUUCUUUACAUCAAUUUGAAAUAAAAAAAAAAUUAUUUAAUUAAGUAGGAAUUUAUUAGUUUUUACUCAAAUCACAUUGAAAUAAUGUAUUGUUUGUAGAUUUAAGUAUCGCAUCCCGUCCCCAAAAAAAUAUAUAAUCAAAAGAAUUAAAGCUUAAAUGUGCAAUUUUUUUGUAAAUAAAAUUAUUCAUAAAAAUGUUUUGCAACAAAAAUUGAAAAAAUCCCUUUUUAGGUACAUUUUAUGUUCUCGAGUUAAGCACAAAAAGAAAAAUAAUAGCCUUUUUUGACUUUCUCUUCAAAAGAUGCUGCAUUUUUUUGCAAGAAAAAAAAAGAAAAUAACAGACAAUUGAAAUAAAAGUAUUUUUUUAUUAGUACCUACCACAGAAAAGAACAAGAAAAAAAAACAAACAAACACACAUAAUUAGAAGUGUAAACAUGCACGUGUAAUGAACAAAAAGAGAAAAAAAUAAAACAAUACUUUAUGAACUUUA